AUGGCGGCGUUUCCUCACGAUAUCCCCGCGAUCGCCGAAGAAAAGACAGGGUUCGACCUCAAUAUUCAGCAUGGACACCAUGACCUUGUUCAAGCGGUAGCAUUCAAUGCCUACGGCGACCGCUGCGCGACGGGUUCCGUCGAUGGAAAGAUCAAGGUCUUCAACCGGCACAAGGAUGGUGUCUGGCACCAUUGCGAUACUUGGGGCGCACAUGGAGGAGAGAUACUAGAGCUCCAAUGGCUACCCCCGACCGUCUACCCAAACCUCAUCGCCUCUCUUGGCAUAGAAGGCCGCUUCAAGCUGUGGGCGGAAGACCCGUCAGCGGCACCGGGCCGCCGCUUCAGCGCCAGUAGCCGUGCGACGACGAGCAAGGCCGCCUACGAGAUGCGGUCCCCUAAAUACCCCUACCGUUCCUUUUCCAUGAAGCACAAUGAGGAGACGCGGCACACCUAUCUGGCCCUGCUCGCCUCCGACGGCCGUCUGGUGGUGUACGAGAAUGAACAGCCCGAGAACAUGUCCGAAUACACCCCGACCGACGAGUUCAGCAUCUGCUCGAAGCCGAGCCGCGGCGAAGAGAUCAGCUUCAAGGUGCGCUUCGACCCGAACCCGGAUCCAUGUUACAAUGCUCUACGGGCGGGAGUGUCGAGCGACUCGCUGGGGUUAGUAGUCGCCGGUAUGACGUCGGUCAAGGUCUACCGCUCCAGAGAUGUCAUCGCGACAUCGUACGGUGUAGCGCAAACCCAGCGCGAGUUUUACCUUGCCGUGGAAGUAGGCGUCCACCGCGGCCUCGUCCGGGACGUCGCUUGGGCACCGGGAAACAUCAGAGGGUACGACACCAUCGCAACGGCCUGCCAGGACGGGUUCGUCCGUGUUUUCCGGAUCGACACGCCGCACUCGCCUGACGAUGGCAAGACGUGGUUCACGAUGGAGCUCACAAAACACGAAAACCACCACGCACAAGCAUCAUCAAAGGCGGGGCAGCCAAAUGACAAGCAUCACCAGUCGGGUCUCAGCGCCAGCCUGGCCAAGUCUGGCUCACAUGCCGAGCGUCACUUUUCGGGACAGCCGGGGCAGGUGAAGCACGUCUUCAAGGAGGUCGCGAAGCUUGACAGCCACCGUACGCCUGUCUGGCGGGUUGGCUUUGACGACGAUGGUCAGAUCCUGGCCAGCACUGGAGAUGACGGCAAGCUCGUGUGCUACCGCCAGACCCCGAGCGGGACGUGGGCAAAAAGCUCGGAACUGGCCAUGGUGAAGACAAAGAUGGCAACGCCUUGA